AUGUGUGACAAAGGUUUUGGUAGUGCUGAAGCAAUUGAAGGCAAUGAUGAUCUUCUAUCCAAGAUUCUACUCCUCCUCCCAAUAAAACUACUCUUCAUGUUCAAGCUUGUUUCCACACGGUGGUUGUCUCUCAUCUCUAGUCGUGGUUUUUCUUCCCUCUGGAAGCCUGAAGUUUUCCCAAGUGCACUCAUUCUACAGUCGUUGUCGUAUGAUCUUCAAGAACCUUGUUGCUUUCCCCUCAAUGAUAACGCGAAAUCUUCUAUUAGAAUCUUGGAUUUUUUCAAAGACCAGCGUACUGACAUGGUUCAAAUUUUUAACUCCUGCGGUGGUUUAAUUCUUUGUUGUUGUGUUAAACAAACGCUUACAGGGAAAUGCGUGAACGAGUACAGAGUUUGUUAUCCGACUACAAAGCAAUUCAAUUCUCUUCCAAGCCCAUAUAUGUAUUCACUAGACCUGAGUUUGGCUUUUGAUCAUUCAAAAUCACUUCAUUACAAAGUUAUAAAUGUAGGUUGUUUCGCCCGUAUUGAGAUAUACUCUUCAGAAACCAACUCCUGGAGGCUAUCUCAAGCUUAG